GAGGUUGGUCUAUCUUCCCUAGUGACACCUGCAGAGACCCCAAAGCAACGCCUCCCCCUCCACUGUUCUAUUGUGAGCUUAAGGGAGCAGGGUUCAAGGACUAGAAGGAGGCUGAACAUCAGGGGUGUCUUAAAAGCCAGAACGGUGGCCAUCUGUUGUGGAUGAAUCAGGAAGGUCCUUCCUGAAGGCAUUGGAAGGGCUGGGUAACGUUUCAGAUUUGUCACUGGAUACCCCAUGGAGCAGAAGCAGAUUGGAACCUGGGACGAUGAGGUGUGAGGGACAUGGGGAUGCUGGAGAUAGACGCUCGGAGUGUGGGCAGAAGAGGGAGGAAAAAAACAGCGGGGCAGUGGUAGUCCUGAAUCUGCCCUGCACUUCGGAGAGCACUUGCCGCCCUCCUGAGCAGUCACUGUGUGGGAGGGAGUGCUUAUCUUUAUGAACUCAACAGAUAAGGAAACAGGUUCUCGGCGGUGAGCUUUAAAGAGAAGGAAAAGUCCAAGAGAAUAAUGGUUAUGACUAAAAAUCAGUGCCCUGGACUCUCUAGAAUCUAGAGUCUAAAUGGAAAAGCUUUGGAUUAUCUAUCUAGAAAAACCUCUAUAAGCAAUUCUUUUGCAGUCAGAACCGAGAACCACCCACCUAGGCUUUUCUGCCUCCUAAGGCUUAGAACAAUUGUUCUGUUGCAGAAAGUCAUAGGGAAGACUCUUAGUUAGUGUGUGCCCAAAGUUAAAAGCUUCUGGAAAGUGGGGGCAGUGUGUACACCUGGAGACAGUACUUAGGAAUAUCUCAUCAGUUUUACUCAACUGUGAGAAGUGAGCAUCCAGGAGACUGUGAGGGUCUUAGAUUUUCUUGGAGAAAACCAAGUGCGAACCCAUUCCUCAUUCAAGACUCACAGCAUGCCUGAAGAGGGCUUUCAAAGCACAGCAAACAAAAGGCAUCUCUCUCUUUGGAAGCCCAGGCUGCCAGGGGAAGCUCCAGAUGGCAGAGAAGCCUGGCAAAUGAAUGUCAAGUUCUUAGUCAUCCUUACAAGGUCCCUCUGACUCCGUAGCUCGGUAAGGACAUCUACUGGCUAUGAUAUCCAAGGACUCUGGGCAGUCCCGCAGGAGACCUAACUUCUUCCACUGUCCGUGGCAUCACAAGACUCCAUCCCCACUUGGAUCAUGGAAACCUGUUUUUAGGGAGUGGUCAGCUGAGCUAGGAUUCCCACAUACUUGAACAUAUGUGGGACAAGCUAUGAGGCAGAACUGCUGAGCACUCCCUGGCACAGAGUUUCUUUGCCUCUCAACAAAUCAAAUUCUGAAGAUGGGUUGCCCCAGCCUUGUUGACUGUUCUAGGAGCUCUUCCAAUGGCAAAUGUACCUGUGAAAAUACCCUUAGGGAAACGUUUGCCUUACUAAAAUAGCCAGGAUAAGCUUGAUCGUUUGUUGUUGUUGUUUUUUGAGACAGGGUUUCUCUGUGUAGCUUUGGAGCCUUUCCUGGAACUCACUGUGUAGACCAGGCUGGCCUUGAAUCACAGAGAUCCACCUGCCUCUGCCUCCCCGAGUGCUGGGAUCAAAGGUGUGCACCACCACCGCCCAGCAUGAUUGUUAGUUUUACUGGUGGAGAAAUCGGUGUUUCUUAAAAGUUCCUAAUUUAGUUGGCCAAUGCUUGAAUAAUGGAGUGGCUUGGAUAAUGGUCUUUUCUGCUACUAGACUGAGCCCCAGUAACAGCCCUCAGCAUGGCAAAGACAUCCCACCACACACCAAUGGCUGGCUUUGAAGAAGUCUUGGUAACCUACUUGGAAGCACAGCUGCUUUGCCUUCCUGUACAUUCCCCUCCUGUGAGGAAUGUGUGUCACGCAUUCACAGAAGCCUGCUCUUGAAAAUCUCAGCGACUGAACCAUUGCCUGAGAGGGAGAUAGGUAUAAUUCGUCUACCCAGAAUGUACAGUCUGUUCCAAGACGUCUCCUGAUCACUAUGCCAGCAACAACUCCAUCCUCAUGACUGGUGGAGGAGUGUGGAAUGGAGGUGGAGGUUCUAAUGUAGGACAUGGCACAGUGCAGGGACAAAGACCUUAGUGUUCUCCAUGACGAGAAACAUCACUCACUGAAAGGCUUUCUGAGACAAACACAACUUCAUCCCUUCUGCCUGAUGCAAACCGAGGCAUUGGAAGUCAUUGCUUCUAGAAAAAUGACACUCUCCUCCUAAGGGUCCCUUUGAUUCUGCUUUAAGAAAGCACAGAAAUAUUAAAAGUACUAUACAUCUUUCAAUCAUCAUGUGUCGGGUGGACAUCAGCCCCAAUUCAGACCUGGGAACAUUAGACCUCUCCCAAUUCAGAGACUGCUGCUCGUAAAUGUGUUUUUAAAAAUGUCUGUGCCAGGUUAAAAAAAAAAAACAAAACUUGCUGGGGCAAGUAGGAGUCAAUCUUGAAUGCUCCCUCCCUUUUUUCCUCCCCAUUUGACCUUUAAGGCUCUGGUUUCCAGCAAGGAGUGAAUUAUUCACAUCUGCUCAUAGAUAUCAAAUUGGCCCUUUCCAGGUUGCCAGUAGGGUGGGACAGAAGGUGGCUUUGUUCAGAGACUGUAAAUAGGCAGAGCCACCGCCUUGUUCAAACAGAACGCAGGUGGGUGCCUGUUUUUACUAAACCGUCCCAGAAAUGCUCAAAGGCACCUGGUGAAAUCUUCUCUACCCUUCCUCGCUUCUCCUUCCUCCCCACCCAGUCAACGAACUUAAGUGGGCUCACGAGACUGGGCAGGGCUCACUGCACUCGACCAUGGCUUCUUACAUCGCCAAGUCUUUCUAUGAUCUCAGCGCCAUCAGCCUGGAUGGGGAGAAGAUAGACUUUAACACGUUCCGAGGCAGGGCAGUGCUGAUUGAGAAUGUCGCAUCACUCUGAGGAACAACCACCCGGGACUUCAACCAGCUCAAUGAAUUGCAAUGUCGCUUCCCCAGGCGCCUGGUGGUUCUCGGCUUCCCUUGCAACCAAUUUGGACAUCAGGAGAACUGUCAGAACGAGGAGAUCCUGAACAGCCUCAAGUAUGUCCGCCCUGGGGGUGGGUACCAGCCCACCUUCAGUCUUACCCAGAAGUGUGAUGUCAAUGGGCAGAAUGAGCAUCCCGUCUUUGCCUACCUGAAAGACAAGCUACCCUACCCUUAUGAUGACCCGUUCUCCCUCAUGACCGAUCCCAAGCUCAUCAUGUGGAGUCCCGUGCGCCGCUCAGAUGUGGCCUGGAACUUUGAGAAGUUCCUCAUAGGGCCAGAAGGGGAGCCAUUCCGCCGCUACAGCCGCACCUUCCAAACCAUCAACAUUGAGCCUGACAUCAAACGUCUCCUCAAAGUUGCUAUCUAGACGUGAGCUCUCGGCCUAGGUAUCUCCCACUGUUCCAGUCCCCAGGUAUUCCUCAGGGCUCAGCGUACCCCAGGAGACACUGGGGGACUGAAGCACCCCCUCACUGGAGCACCUGGCCCCCCCCGCCUGCCUGUUUCUUGUAGGUCCCUCAACACUCUUGAGUCCACUUGGGGCUCUAAGUCUGGGGUAGGCUCUGGGCCUUCACAGAAUGAUGGCACCUUCCUAAACCCUUGUGGGAGAUGUCUGAGAAGUUGUGAACGCCCAGAGCCAGCCUGCUUUGGAGUCCAAUAAAGGGCAGGUAUAGAAAUGAGUGGGUCUUUGUAUCUUCCUUUCUAAAAACUCCAAGUAUCUUAUUUUGUUCUGUGUGCGUGGACACGUGUGGGGGUCAGGGGACAACUUUGGGGAGUUGCUUCUCUCCUUCCACCUUGGCUGCCAGGGAUGGAACUCGGGUCCCUGGGCCUGCCUCACUUACUGAGCCAUCUUGCUGGCCCCGUGUUUUCUUUCUUGGGAGGUGUGGAGGGGUGUAGGAACUGUGGUGGGGCGGCGGGGCUGCAAACACUAAGGUUUGGUAGAGUGCAGCUCUGAUCAACGGGGUGCCCCGAUUACUGUCUGGACUGGGUUGCAGUCAAGGUGCAUGGUGACAGUUGGAGCUGCAAUAAAUGUGAAUUGAUCAUUUCAUGGCUCUUACAGCAAAAGGAGGAAGUAGUAAAGUGGAGUAAAGAGAAAAAAAGACAGCAGGCCCUUUGGCUGAGCGUACUGGCUGUUAGCCUACAACCAAGAAGGCAUCACAUCAUUGUGGGUCCUAGAACAAUUAAACAUUAACUGACAACAAGGGUGUAGAAAGUGGUUACCAGGAACACAGGCGUGAUUGCAUUUACUUCCUCCAUUGAGUAUGGACAGACACACACACACACACACACACACACACACACACCUUUGGAGCACUGGUUCUCAACCUGGGAGCUGUGACCUCUAAGGAUCAAAUGACCAUUUCACAGGGGUUGCAUAUCAAGUUAUCCUCUUCUUGAUUACUUUGUUACAUUUAAAAUUCUGAAAUUACAUUGUGUGUGUGUGUGCAUACGUGUGCACAUGCAUGUAUAUACGUAUGGACUGCGGCAUGCAGAGGACAGAGGACAUCUUGCAGUCUCCCUCCACCAUGUGGGUUCCAGGGAUUGAGAUCAGAUCUUCAGGCUUGUAAACACAGAAGUUCACCUUCUACCUUUGUUCUUCUCAAGCUCACACCCUCACAAGUCUAGGCACCAUGGCUGCAUUUACGUCCUCCAUAAGUAUGGAAACACACAGACACACACACACACACACACACACACACACACACACACACACACACACACACACAUAUACUUUAGAGCACUGGUUCUCAACCUGUGGGUUGUGACCCCUGGGGGGGUCAAAUGACCCUUUCACAGGGGUUGCAUAUCAGAUAUUCACACUAAGAUUCACAACAGUAGCAAAAUUACAGUUUUAAAGUAGCACUGAAAAUAAUUUCAUGGUUGGGGGGGUCACCACAACAUGAGGAACUGUACUAACGGGUCCCAGCAUUAGGAAGGUUGAGAACCACUGCUAUAGAGAUUGAGUUUAUAAUCUGCCCACAUGACUGGUACUCACUGUGAGGACAGGUGUGCCAAAUGGCUUUGUCGGGAUGCCCAGGUUCCUCAUUCAGUGCAAGCACAUUCAAGAAGGACCAACACCACCAGAGCCAGGGUCUGUCAUGCUCUGAGGAGGAGUCCUUCCUGUUACAUUUUUCCCUUUGGCCACUAGAUGGAACAUCUCUGUCUUGAAGCCCUCAAGGAACGGUUCUCCAAACCAGACACCCUGCUAAAGAAUGCCAAUACUGCUGAUGUUUUCCCUUUAAUCUGCUCCUCAUAAUCAUUUCCCAAGCUCUUGCAUCAUUUGAAAAGCAAGUGUGGGGCUGAGGUAAAUGAUGCCUGUCUGACCUUCAGCUCAAGCUGUCAUUGACAGUGCUUUAUGUCAAAGGGGUAACCUGAGUACUGCAGUCGGAAUCCCCAGGAAUCCAUCUGAGAGACCUCCUGUUAAAUUAAGGUUGCCCUCAGCUUGACUCUUGAAAAUUCAGCCCUUUGGAUUGCCUAUCUUAAAGCCAGCAGUUGGGGUAUAAAUUCUUUUGCAGAAGGGUCGUGCUAAUUUUAGAGUCGUAUGACGGAGACAAUUUCUUUCCCUGAUGAAGUGGGAUAAGGCAUUUGUGCACGGUGCUACUGUGGGUUUUUCUUUUCAUCACGAUGGUGCCCGCUAUCGUGUCUGUUAACAGACAGCCAUUCUGGAUGUCUGGCUAGCCUAGAGGUUGGCAUUAUGCCACUGGCAAUUUAGGGUGUGAUAUGACGGCACACUGGGUCACAUCUUUUCCAGGUGGUUCAAACUAAAUGAAUAACUUAGGGAUUUCAGAAGAAUGAGAAUUUCAGUAUAAAUAAUUUUACACAGAGUCAGGAGGGCAAAAAUGGUAGAAGUGGGCUCUUCACUUAGGCAGGGUAAUGCUGUUUGCUUCAGACGGGAUCUCACUAGUUUUUCACAGAAGGGGACAGAGAGGCAGGAUGACCUUCCAUGGUGUUGUUAAAAUCAAAGUAAGGGUUGCUUUCCUUCAUUCAUCUACUUCACUUGCCCACACUUUGUCCUGAGAAGCGGCAGCUUCGGGCCAUCAGCAGAUAACAUAAAGAUUUAAUGGAAUCACCCACUUUCCUGAAUAAACAAAGUCUUUUAAUCAAAUUUUCCCGAGGACACUCAGGAGUAGGAAGAAGUCUCAUGAAUAAGCUCUGGCAGAAGCGCUGAGACAAUGCUGCUCAGUUUAGAGGAAUGCCGGGAUCGCUUCUGAGGGCUCGCCACUGAGGAAGGAGCUUGGGAGUGACUUGAGGGGACCAAGACAUACAGACUGAAAUGGGUGGUUAUGACUUAAAAUCUUUAUAACUAUGUUCCACAGCUAUAUCUUAGGCUAACAAAUAUGAGCCAAAUUCUAGAACUUUCUGAUAAACACCAUUAACCACCAUAAUCCAAGAUACUAGUAUCAAGUCGACCAUACUGCACUAUUCACAGGGACUCCAAAGGAAUUCUCUCUCUAUAGAGAGAAGAUAGCUGGAUGGACUAGCCACACCACAACCUAUAAGUCAUUCUAAUAAAUCUUUCUCUCUCUAUAUAUACAUUAAUUCUGUAAGUUCUGUUCAUCUACAGAAACCCAAAGGCCUUUUGAAGACACAGUUACAUUGCCAAUUACAUGGCAGCAGCCUGGAGGGCUGGGCCAGGGGGUCCUCCAGAAGGUGGUAUAUGUUUUGAAUCCAAUAUAUGUCCAAUGUGCAGUACAGUUGCUCCCAUAGCCAGGAUCCACAGGUCCAGGAAUCAAAGGUGGAAAGGGGAACAGGUCCACUCACUAUCGCCCCUGGUGACUCACUAGGGAAAUUUUUGCUUCCUGUUCCAACAACCUCAAGUUCUACUGGACUAGAAGUUUUGGUUCCAGAGUGGGGAGUGCUCCUGGCAGGAGCCACAACAAACCUUCCAUUGAGCUGUAAGCUCGGACUUCCCCCAGCCACUCGGGGCUUCCGAUACCCUUAAUCAACAGGCUAAAGAAGGAGGGGUGUGACUGAUCCAGAUUACCAAGGCGGAAAGUGGAUUGCUUCUCUACAAUGGAGGUAAGAAAGAUUAUGUCUGGAGUGCAGCUCCUUCAGGGCAGUGGCUCUCAACCUGUGGGUUGCAAUUCCUUUGGGGUCACAUAUCAGAUAUCCUACAUAUCAGAUAUUUACAUUACAACUAAUAACAGUAGCAAAAUUACAGUUAUAAAGAAGCAAUGAAUUCAUUUUAUGGCUGGGGGUCACCACAGCAUGAGGAACUGUGUUAAAGGGUCCCAGCUUUAGGAUGUCUGUUGGUGCUACCAUGUCCUGUGGUUAAAGUGAACGGGAAACUCUAACAACCUAAUCCAGGCAGGCAGGCAGGAUGACAAAGGGCACAGACCCUUCAGGAAUGAAGGUUCAGGUCACUCCAGAAAAAUCCAAGACCUGCUGAGGUGGAAGAAAUACAGAAUGGUGUCUUAGGGUUUCUAUUGCUGUGAAGAGACACCCAUAACCACAGCAACUCUUCUGAAGGAAAACAUUUAAUUGAGGUGGCUCGCUUACAGUUUCAGAGGUUCAGUCCUCUAAGAGAGCACGGCAGCAUGCAGGCAGACAUGGUGUUGGCUAAAUCUUGAUCAGAAGGCAGAAGAAGUGGACUCAAGACACUGGGCAGUAUCUUGACCAUAGGAAUCCUCAAAGCCCGCCCCCACAGUGACAUACUUCCUCCAACAAGGUCCCACCUCCUAAUAGUGCCACUCCUGAGUUAUGAGGGGGGGGGCAAUUAUAGUCAAACCACCACAAAUGGGUAGUAGAGGAAGGUAGUUAUAAAUAUCAGCCAUUUGACCAGUUGCAGAAAUGAGGAUUUUAAUUGACAUGAGUAUUUGUCAUAUUUUGUUAAGAAUUCGUUUAUAUAGAUAUUUGUGUUUUCUUUACUCAAUUUAUUUAUCAUAUAAUGUAACAAGAGUUAUCAGUGGCUAUCAUGUUUGAGAUAAAAGAUAACAGAAUGUCCUUCAAGGAACACUGCCACCAAUUCUAAAUUUAUAAUUCAUUUUUGGUUGUAUGGGGAAGUUAUAUCAUGUUAGGCAUAAUUAUAACCUGGUUAAAUAUAUAACACUCUUGCAAUUAUAUUUGGGAUAGUUACAUCAGUGUUUAAGCAUUAUUGUGACCUGGUUAUUGUUUUAAUUUGGAAAUUAAGCAUGACAUAAGGAGAUAUGAUUGUGUGUCAAGUUGACAAGGAUGGACUUGUGAUGCCUAUUCUUGGUUGUCAACUUGACAACAUCUGGAAUUAACUAAAACUCAAAUGGCUGGGCACAUCUGUGAGGGAUUUUUAUUUCUUAAAUUAAAUCAUUUGAAGUGGGAAGACACACUUGCAAUCCAGAUCUUUGAAGGGGGAGGAUCCACUUUUAAUCUGGGACAUACCUUCUGCUCAUAGCCUGUAUAAAGGAAAUGAAAGAGGGAAGCUUGCCCUCUCUAGCAAGUCCACUCCUUCACUGACAUUAGAGCCUACCUCUUGGGGACUCUGGCAUAUACUAAAGACCAGCUGAGACAUCCAGCCUUGUGGACUGAACAACUACUGGAAUUCUGGACCUUCUGUUGGUAGACAGUCAUUGCUGGAGUAGCUGGACCACAGCCUGUAAGCCGUUCUAAUAAAUCCCCCACCCCCAUAUAUAAUGUACAUACACUCUCUCCACCCACUCUCUGUCUGUCUGUCUAUCAAGGAUAAAGGGCUAGUAAACAGCAGAAUUGAAAGCUUAGCUUUCAAUAUAGUGAGUUCCUGGCCAAACAGGGUAAGAUUCUGAAAAAAAAAAAAAUUGUAAAAGCCAGAGGAACAGGAAGUUUGCUGACAUUGUGUCUCCCAGAAAUAUGGAUAGAUCCAUGAACUCUCAUCAACAUGUCUGCCUAAACUAGACCAGAACAAGGACACUACCAACAGACAAGCUAACACAGAGGGGGAGAGGCCUCAACCACAGACAAAGAACUACAGGCGACUAAGAAAUGCUGAGAUGGGAGAAAUCAUCUUCCCCAGAGAGCCCCAACUGGUUAUUCAGUACCAAGUGGUCAGCCCUGAAAUAACAUACAGAGCAGGUUGUAUUUCUACAUUUAGGAAUAUGAUAAAAAAUAUAUAUACAUAUGUAACAACGAAGGAAAAAAAGGCAAAUGUGAGGGGCAAAGAGGGAAUGAUGUAAUUAGAUUUUAAUUAAAAAUUUUUAUAAUUAUAUAAUUGUUUUGUUGUUGUUUUUUUGAGACAGGGUUUCUCUGUGUGUAGUCCUGGCUGUCCUGGAACUGGCUAUCCUGAAAUUUGCUCUGUAGACCAGGCUGGCCUCGAACUCAGAGAUCUGCCUCUAUCUGCCUCCCGAGUUCUGGGAUUAAAGGCCUGUGCCACCCCCCGUCCAGCUUAAUUAUAUAAAUUUUUUAAAGGUCAAUUAUGGAGGCUGGGAGACUGCCCAAGAGUACUUGCUGCUCUUCCAGAGGACUCAAGUUUGGUUCCCAGCACCCACAUCCAUCAGGAAGGCCACAAAUGGCUACAACUCUAGCUCCAUGAGAUCUGCCAUGUUAUUUUGAUAUCCUUGGGCACCCACAUACAUGAGGCAAAUAUACACACACAGAAACAUAAAAAUAAAUAUAUUUUUUCAAAAAGCUGCCAGACAUGGUGGUGCACACCUUUAAUAUCAGCACUAGGAGGGAGGCAAAGGCUGGAGGAUGUCUGUGACUGUGAAGCAUGCCAGAAUUACAUAGUUAGCCUAGGCCAGCCAGGGCUACAUAGUAAGAUCCUGUCCCCAAACAUACAAACAAACCACACAGCUCAAAUCAGACAGAAUUCUUGCACAAAGGAGAGGAAGUGGGCACAAGUUCUACCCCUAGCCAAGAAGCUAUUUGCAACUGACAGGUGCUGGGGAAGGGAAAUAACUUGUCUCCAAUGGCACGUCACUGGGUACAUUAACCACACUCCAGGGCAGGCCAACACAAGCAGUCGCCAUGGUUACUCUGUAGUUGUUGUUUUAAGAGAAAGACAAGGAAGUUGGGUGGGUAAGGAGGUGAGGGAGGAUCUGGGAGUUGGGGGAGGGGAAAGAAUGUCAAUAUAGUGUAUGAAAUUUUCAAAAAGUAAGUAAAAACAUAAAAGGAAUAUAACUAACUAUCAACAAAACACAUCAAAAUCAAAAGCCAGUCAGGUAGAUUCCUGAUUGGUCAUCUAAGGUGAGUAAAGAGAAAGAUGCCAGGACAGCUGAGGUUCUAAUCCCCACAGUGACUGCCUUUCAGUAGUAGAGACUAAUGAAUACCUGCCUUUCCUUGAUUUGAACAGAAAAAUGAGAAACCAGCGGAACUAGAUUUAAGACAUUUUUAUUCUGUUAGACCCCCAGAAGAAUUCCUUGAGACGACAGAGUCACAAGGCACAACACUCAGCUGGCUGAGUAACAAUGAAAUAAACAGACUGGAUCUUGUGUUUUGAAAUUUUCUAAGCUGUAUCCGAAACAGGUGGAUAAUUUUACAAUACUCCGUGGUAGAUGAGGUGUCUUCAGGGCAUACAGGAUCAUACUCUUCAGCUUCAAAUGACUAAGCUAGACUAUCAGCGGACUCCAAAAGGGGCCGCUCAAGGCUGCAAUGGCUCCCUGCUGCUAUUUACAGAAAUGAGGCAGUUCUCUGCCUUUGGACUCAUUUGAUGAAACCAUUUCCUCAGCAGGGCAGAUAUAGAUCUGGAGCAAAAUGGAAAGUAUUUUCCAGGAAUAAACCAACUGACCCUUCUGGGGCAGCUGACUGAACUUUCUGAAUAAUAAAUCUUUGUCUGACAUGCCAAGGUUCUGUGGAGGGCCGUCACCGACCCUGAACCGACCUCUUCCUCACCUGGCAAAGCUUUAUACCUCAUGUUCACCGGCACUCCCGCUGGGAGCUGGGAGGAGGUCACACGGUAGCACGUGACUCUGAGCUGCUGACUUCAUGCAGGUUCUUCCUGGCUCUGAAAGUGGAUUACAAGGGCCCCACACUCAUGAAGUGUAAGUAAGUGUGUUCAGUGGCUGCAAGGGCCCCACACUCAUGAAGUGUAAGUGAGUGUGUUCAGUGGCUGCAAGGGCCCCACACUCAUGAAGUGUAAGUGUGUUCAGUGGCUGCAAGGGCCCCACACUCAUGAAGUGUAAGUGAGUGUGUUCAGUGGCUGUAAGGGUCCUACACUCAUGGCAGUGUAAGUGAGUGUGUUCAGUGGCUGCAAGGGCCCCACACUCAUGACAGUGUGAGUGUGUUCAGUGGCUGCAAGGGCCCCACACUCAUGAAGUGUAAGUGAGUGUGUUCAGUGGCUGCAAGGGUCCCACACUCAUGGCAGUGUAAGUGAGUGUGUUCAGUGGCUGCAAGGGCCCCACACUCAUGAAGUGUAAGUGAGUGUGUUCAGUGGCUGCAAGGGUCCCACACUCAUGGCAGUGUAAGUGUGUUCAAGGCUGUGGCACUGAGCAGUACUCAAGUGCCACUACUAUUACUACUGCUACAGAAUAAAAAGGGUUCCCUGGUAUAGCACUGUACAAUUGCUCAAUUUUUGUGUAUCUUAGAGGGGAACCCUUAGAUACAAUGAGGAAACAAUUUUUUAAAAUGAUUUAUUUAUAGCUGGGUUGUGGUGGCGCACACCUUUAAUCCCAGCACUCAGGAGGCAGAGUCAGGAGGAUCUCUGUGAGUUUGAGGCCAGUCUGGGCUACAGAGCGAGAUUUAGGAAAGGUGCAAAGCUACACAGAGAAACUGUCUCGAAAAACAAAAAACAAACAAAAAAGAUUUAUUUUUAUUUCAGUACAUUGGGGUUUUGCGUGCAUGUAUGUCUGUGUGAGGGUGCCAGAUCCCCUGGAACUUGAGUUAUAGACAGCUGUGAACUGUCAUGUAGGUGCUGGGAAUUGAACCCAGGUCCUUUAGCAGAGUAGCCAGUACUCUUAACCGAUGAGCCAUCUUUCCAGCCCCAACAAUUUCGUUUCUGAUGCCUGUUCCCUUUAAGUUUGGGUGUUAGACUAAGAACUGAAGGCACAUCAUUGUAUCUAGAACUUUAUAGGCUUUCUGAAGUAUUUUACACUCACUAAUACUGCAAGAGGAGUACACUAUCACAUUCUGUUAGCCUACUUUACAGAAACAGGAUACUGAAGUCUGAGUACGGCUCUGUUUAGUGGCUAUCUGCUUCCAAAGGACAAUGUGGCCUAGAUGCCAGGGCUAUGACCACCAAGCCAGUGCUCUUUCAAUUAUGCACACAACACAUUCUACGAUCCCUUUGGAGUAAAUGAGAUCCUAUAAACUUACGUUACAUCCUUUACUCCGAUGUCUCUGGUUUCUCGCAUGCGUCCUUCCUCUGGGAUAGGCUUCCAUUUAGGUCCCAUUACAUUCGGUUACCAUUCCUCCUUAGCCUCCUAGUUUCUCAGAUUUUUUUUUUUUUUGAAGACCUUAGUUGCUUUGAAAGAUACUAUCAGUCUGUAGAAAUGAACUUGGUGGAGAUUAUGAUUACAAAGAUUAUGGCUCUCUGCGAAGAAAAACUCAGAGAUCUUCA